AGAAAAAGGAGACAAAGAGAAGAAAUUUUUGAGUGGGUGAGGAUUGUUUGCGAUAAGAGGAAGAGACGUUGUCUACUACUUGUCUAUAAUUACAGUAAGCAUUUCAAACCGAACUUCUUGAGAAUUUCAGACAUUAGUUGGUCAAACCUUUUUUACUUGUCGUUUGAUUAAAAUUAAUUGUUUGAAAAUCCCAUCUUCCUUCUCCAUCUCACCGUGUCUGUUCGUUAUAGAGAGAGAGCGAAAGGUUCGGCUCAUUCAUAUGAUCUUUCACUGUUAUGCUACUAUUCGGCUUUUCAUUUCUAUACCUUCGAUUCAAGAAACGCAAUCUAGUUUUGUCUUUUUUCGUAAUUUUGAGUGAGGAAUAGAUCAAACCCAGAAAGCAUUACACUUUUUAUCACUUUUGAUCCAAAUCAAAAUCUGCGCUUCACCGUAAAGUUCGGAUUUUGAUUCUUCCUAGUGAGGAAAAAAAAACAGAGUAAUCCAAAAUUCUCAUCCAAGAGGAAAAAGAGUUGAGAUUAUGUCUUCUGUAGCAGCAGUGUUAUGGGUUGCUGCUUCUUCUCCCAAUCCAGACCCGAUGAACACUUGCGGGUUGGUAAGGGCUCUAGAGUCUUCUAGAGCGCUCUCUCGUUGCCAGAAUCAGAGAAUGGACAAUGGUAGGAGGAAGAAGCAAACAACAAAAACGUGGUCUGUAAUGAGCUACAGAAGGAGGAGUGCUGUGUCUUCAAGCGUAGUAGCAAGUCAUGCAGGAGAGAUAGCCCUCUCGUCUGAAGAGAAGGUUUACAACGUCGUCCUGAGACAAGCAGCUCUUGUGAACAAACAGCUCAGGUCUGCUUCUCCUGACCUCCUCGAUGAUGUCAAGAAGGAACCACAGGAGAUUGUUCUCCCUGGGAGUUUGGGUUUGUUGGGUGAAGCUUACGAUCGUUGCGGCGAAGUUUGCGCUGAAUAUGCUAAAACCUUUUAUCUCGGAACUUUGCUUAUGACACCUGAGAGGCGAAAGGCUAUUUGGGCUAUUUACGUUUGGUGCAGAAGAACUGAUGAGCUCGUAGAUGGGCCCAAUGCAUCACACAUAACUCCAAUGGCGUUAGAUAGAUGGGAAGCAAGGCUAGAAGAUCUAUUCCGUGGCCGUCCUUUCGAUAUGCUUGAUGCUGCUCUCGCUGAUACUGUUGCUAGAUACCCUGUCGAUAUUCAGCCAUUUAGAGAUAUGAUCGAAGGAAUGAGAAUGGAUUUGAGGAAAUCGAGAUACAAGAACUUUGAUGAUCUCUACCUCUACUGCUACUAUGUUGCCGGAACCGUUGGUUUGAUGAGCGUGCCGGUUAUGGGCAUCGAUCCUAAGUCCAAAGCCACGACCGAGAGUGUUUAUAACGCUGCCUUGGCCCUCGGUUUAGCCAAUCAGCUUACCAACAUACUCAGAGACGUUGGCGAAGAUGCGAGAAGAGGAAGAGUUUAUCUACCGCAAGAUGAGUUAGCUCAGGCUGGUCUCUCAGAUGAAGACAUAUUCGCGGGGAAAGUCACUGACAAAUGGAGAAACUUCAUGAAAAUGCAGCUUAAGCGAGCAAGAAUGUUCUUCGACGAAGCUGAGAAAGGUGUCACCGAGCUGGACGCUGCUAGCAGAUGGCCGGUAUGGGCAUCGCUGCUAUUGUACAGGAGAAUAUUGGAUGAGAUUGAAGCGAAUGAUUACAACAACUUUACGAAGAGAGCUUAUGUUGGGAAAGCCAAGAAAAUUGCAGCUCUGCCAUUGGCUUAUGCUAAAUCUGUACUAAAGACUCCAAGUUCAAGAGGAACAAAUUAAGAAGGCUUUUGUGAUUAAAGGAAAAGCUUAGGGUCGUCGAAUUUAUUAUGUUAACUAAUAUAUACACAUAUGAAUGGGCCAAAAAAAAAUUCUUAUUCUCUUAAUGUAAAAAGUCAAAUUUUUAUUUUAUUUUAUUUCAUUUCUCUUGGCUA